AUGAAAGAAAUACAUGCCAUUAGAGUGACCAUUCUAUUGUCAUAUCUUGUUCUAGUUACUAGAGGAAAGGAUUUCGGAACAAUAGGUCCAUGGGAAAAUACUAGCAAGAUUCUCAUAGAUCGACAAGUCAAUAAAACCAUAGUUAUGGAAGAUGGAGAUGUCUAUGAUUGCAUUGAUGCAAAUCACCAACCAGCUUUCGACCAUCCACUACUGAAAAACCACAAGAUUCAGAUGGAACCAAGUUCUUUUCCGAUUGGAUUGAAUAUAAAACCUUCGUCUCUACAUGUCGAUGCACAAGUCAAUUUAUCUAUCAUCGAUUGUCCAGCAGGAAUGAUUCCAAUACUACGUAAUAGUAAACUGGGCCAAAUAAUAGUACACAAUAUUGAUCAAGUGUUUAAACCUAACACACAACAUCAGGAGGCAGGAAUAAAAUAUUUCGAUGAUUUAUAUGGCGUACGAGCUACAAUAAAUGUUUAUGAACCAAAGGUGUACAAAGAUAGCGCAGAUCUUAGCCAAACAGGCAUUCAAAUAGACAAUGGACCAAAGGAUCAAAUAGAUAGUAUAGUUGUUUGUUAUUCGGUCGCUCCAAGUUUCGCCGGAGAUACCUUCGCAAGGUUUCAUGUUUCUUGGACUGAUGGCGCACUAAAGAAGUCAUGUGUUGAUCACAAUUGUCCUGGUUUUGUGCAAGUCAGCCAAAAUGUUGGUAUUGGAGGAAGAGUACUACCUAUUUCAGUCUACAAUGGACCACAAUAUGUAAUAAACAUUCUUGUUUUCAAGGACCCGAAGACAAACAAUUGGUGGUUGGCGUAUGGCGAAGAGAAUACACCAAUUGGAUAUUGGCCAAGUUCAUUAUUUACUCGCAUUAAGGAUAAAGGUGAUUUUUCAUUUUGGGGUGGGCAUGUUGCGGGCCCAACAGCUUCAAUAAACUCUCCACAAAUCGGCAGUGGACAUUUUGCCUCGGAAGGGUAUGGAAAAGCGGCUUUUAUGAAAAACAUCCAAAUUGUUGAUGAGAAGAACAAGUUGGUUACUCCUAAUAGGGACAAAGACCUUUUUGGCACUAGCGACUUAACGAAAUAUACCGUCGAUGGUUAUGGAGUUAAUAAGUAUGGUAUGCAUAUGUAUUAUGGUGGACCAGGUGUUAUUGUUUGA